GCGACAGCGGGACUUGUGUGGUGUGGACCCGACCCGUGUGCAUGCUAAACAACACCUAACUUUGCCAACUUCAUGUAAAAUCUUCCCAACUUCUGUCGGUAUCGUCGGUUGUACUCAGGAAUCUCCGUCACCAUGAGUAUACUCGCCAAAAUAGCAGAGAUUGAAAAUGAGAUGGCCAGGACGCAGAGGAACAAGGCCACAGCUCACCACUUGGGUCUGCUCAAAGCCCGUCUUGCCAAACUGAGGAGGGAACUCAUCACACCGAAAGGAGGCAGUGGUGGUGCAACAGGAGAAGGUUUUGAUGUUGCCAAAACCGGAGAUGCUCGUAUCGGCUUUGUUGGUUUUCCCUCAGUGGGAAAGUCAACGCUGCUAAGUAACCUUGCAGGUGUGUACUCUGAGGUUGCAGCCUACGAGUUCACCACUCUUACAACAGUACCUGGGGUUAUUCGCUACAAAGGAGCCAAAAUUCAGCUCUUGGAUCUCCCAGGAAUCAUUGAGGGAGCCAAGGAUGGCAAGGGCAGAGGCAGACAGGUCAUCGCAGUGGCACGAACUUGCAACCUAAUCCUGAUAGUGCUUGAUGUGUUGAAGCCUCUUGGUCAUAAGAAGCUAAUAGAACAUGAGCUGGAGGGCUUUGGCAUCCGACUUAACAAGCAACCACCCAACAUCGGCUUCAAGAAGAAGGACAAAGGAGGCAUCAACUUCACAGCUACAUGUGCACAAAGUGAGCUGGAUGCUGAUACUGUUAAGAGUAUCCUGGCAGAGUACAAGAUCCACAACGCCGACAUCACUCUGCGCAGUGACGCCACAGCUGAUGACCUCAUUGAUGUGGUGGAGGGAAAUCGGGUCUACAUCCCGUGCAUUUACGUGCUCAACAAAAUCGAUCAGAUCUCCAUCGAGGAGCUUGAUAUCAUCUACAAGGUGCCCCACUGUGUACCCAUCUCGGCCCACCACCGCUGGAACUUUGAUGACCUGCUGGAGAAGAUGUGGGACUACCUAAGGCUCGUGCGCAUUUACACCAAACCCAAAGGCCAGCUUCCUGAUUACACAUCUCCUGUUGUUCUACCUGACGGACGAACAGCUGUCGAGGAUUUCUGCUUAAAGAUUCACAAAAAUCUUAUCAAGGAACUCAAGUAUGCGCUUGUGUGGGGAUCAUCAGUGAAACACAACCCCCAAAAAGUGGGCAAGGACCACGUACUGGAGGAUGAAGACGUUAUCCAGCUGGUGAAAAAAUAAAAGGAGCUUUGGUCCACUGCAUGGCCCGUGUAUCACAAAGUGUUCUGUACAGCUGCUCAAUAAAUCACCACCAUUUCCAUUAGAGCAUCUCUGUCAUGCGACACCCAGUUUUUGCUGUAAUUUAAAACCAAAAUGACAUGAAUGUAAGUGUCACGUUUAAAAAGAACCCACAGUACUUAACACCAUGAUUAGUUCAUAUUGAAUAUUGGUUAAGGCUUGCAUUAAAAUAUGAAAGGAUCUGUUCAAUAAAAACAUUAAGAAAU